UGUGAGGUCUCAAUUAGGAUUUCAACUUUCGAAGAUGCAAGCUUGGUAUGGUUUGAAGCGUUGCAGAGAUAACUUGUUCGGGAGUUGGGAGUCCUCAGUGAACAAAUUGCCCAAGUUUAUGAAGGCACUCCAUAGAACGAACCCGGGUACGACAAUUGAGUGGGUUUUCAAAACAACAGACAUUCCAACACGGAAGAUGAUCAAGUACUUCUUUUGGGCCUUCAAGCCAUGCUUGGAUGGAUUCAAGUUCUGUCGAAAAGUUAUUAGUGUGGAUGAAACUCAUCUCUACACUAAGUACAAGCACAAGUUACUAAUUGUCGUUUGUUUGGACGCCAAUAACCAAGUGCUACCACUAGAAUUUGCUCUUGUUGACAAUGAAACCACGGCGGCUUGGAGGUGGUUUUUUCAAAUGCUCCACAUACAUCUAAUUUCUCAAAUUCCAGAUGGAGAAAGCGUUUGUGUAAUUUCAGAUCGAGCUCCGGGAAUUUUACGAGCUUUAGCGGAGUUGUACUUAUUAUCUGAGUCUAUCUAUGUAUUAUUGUGUAUUUGUUAUUACACUUCUGCUUAUUAUCUGAGUGUUCUAUGUAUAUUAUUAUACAUGAUGGAUGUCAGUUAUGUUUAUGGUCCGCGGGACACUUCAUUGCUAUACCGCCAGUCAGAGCACGUAUCCAGAUCGAUUACAUCGGCAAACGUGGAUGAUAUUGUGCGCGGGAGACACUGUGAUGGUUGGAUUUGGGGUUUAUAUGGAGAUUAUGGUGAUGAUGAUCCACACCCUAGAGUGAUGCAGUACUUAAUUGAUACUAGGUUCUAUGGAGUAUAUCAAUGUGGUCGUCUCGUAGUCGAUUUGCAUCUUAUUGCAGCUUUAGUGGAGAGAUGGCGCCCAGAGACACACACGUUUCAUUUUCGAGCAGGGGAGGCAACAGUGACACUUGAGGAUGUCGCACUAUUAUGGGGUUUGCCUGUUGAUGGACUACCUGUUACUGGACAGGAUAUUUCAUGGUCGAAGGAGUAGUGGCAGAUUAUUGUCAGACGUGGUUGGGAUAUACUCCUUCAGAUCAAGCUUUCAUAGGGAGACGACUCUUUGCAACUGAUUUGGCCAUGUAUUUACGACAUUGCACGAUUACUGAUGACAACACGGAGCAGCGUGUUCAGCAGCAUACCAGGUGUUUACUGUUAUUGCUACUUGGGGGGUUUAUGUGUCCUGACACAUCUUCAAGUGCAAUCUCGUUGUUGUAUCUUCGUCAUUUCGAAGAUCUUGAGGCAGUGCGUACUUUCAGUUGGGGUAGUGCAGUUCUUGGAUAUUUGUAUCGUGA